GCAACCUCGCGUGAGCUGAUUGGCUCGUUGGCGAGUUUGCCACUCGACGAGGAAAGUACCGGCUGGCCGAGCUGCCCGAUGGCACCGAAACCAGAGUCCGUUUAGCCCCUUUUCUAGCACCGAUGGCGCUCUUCCCACGAGGAUGGCUGAGCCUCCUCGUCCUCCUCAGCAUGGGUAUCGCGUGCAUGGCCCAGGUCGAGCCCUCCGCGACGCCGUCGACCGCACCGUCGUCCGCGCCAGUUGCGUCGACUACAACACCAGUGGUAUCGCCGUCACCAAAGCCGACCGUGGCGCCGACCCUUGCGCCGGUGACGGUCGCGCCCACGGAAGCUCCGACGCUGGCGCCGACACCCGUGACACCCAAGCCUGUCGUGACGUCGGCGCCGGGACCGUCGACGGCCGCGCCAACGCAAUCGACCGCCGCGCCGAUCGUCACAACACCAACCAAGAUCUCUGUCGUACCCAUCACGAUUCCGCCCAUCAAGACUGUGAGCUCCGCGUCGAGCGCAACAGGUGAGACGCCGACGGCGACCGCCGAGCCUGUGGCUUCGCUGACGAGCUCAACGACCGGCUCCAGCAACACGACUGAACCGACGACCAAGAAGAAGGCGUCGAGCUCCGGCUCGGGCGCCAGCACGAGCUCCGAAGGCUUCUUCUCGUCGGGCAACUGGCAAAUGUGGGCAGCUGUUAUCGGUGGCCUCGCCGUUGUCGGUGGCAUCGUCGCCGCCGUCGUCAUGAAGGCCAACAGCGGCGGUGACGACGAGUACCCGGACCUUGACUCACCGCCGCCGGCUGCGCCCACGGGCAAACCCGUCUCGCCCGUGCGACCGUACAACGCAGCGCCGCCGACCAAAUUUGAACCCAUGUCCAACAACAACAACAGCAUGUUUGGCAAGCCGCUGCCACCGCCGAACCAAGCGAGCUUCUACGCCGAGGCGCCGCCGACCGACAUUGCGCGCAAAGCUAACGCGAUGGGCGGCAACGUGACGUUCACGUACAACGAGCCGCGUGUGAGCACGCUCCCGAUCCUGGAGCGGCGCAACUCGAUGAACCUCACGCGCUUCUCGGACGGCUCGGACGUCAUGCAGAUCGGCGGUAAGUCGCACCGGAGCUCUAGCGCGUCGAGUGCCGGCUGGGUCGACGAGCCGCCGCGCAUGGACGACCGGGAGAGUGAAAACUUUCUGGCAACGUCCGGUGACUCGCGCGCGUCAUAUGCAAGCACGACCUUUGACAUUGACCGCGCCGACUCGGAGGCCAGCAUCGUGCGCUACUCGUCCCAGUACUCAGAGUACUCGAUCGACGACCGCGGCACCGAGACCGGCGGCGACCGCGAUUCGUACGAGCUCUAACGACGACACCGACUUUGCCGAGAAGAAGACAAGGUGUCCAUAGUAUUUAAAAAGCAAGGAAACCGAGCGUAGGUUGUUGAUGAUGAUUAUAAUGAAUGUAGUGCUGCCACGUCAUAAGGUCGAGACAACCUGAAUGCU